AUGUAUCCGACGCCGACGCGGCAUCCGGCUGCCGCGGGUCCACAACCCGCGGCAGGACCUAUAAAGUUUACUAUAGCAGACACAUUAGAGCGAAUUAAAGAAGAGUUUAACUUUUUACAAGCCCAAUAUCAUUCCUUGAAAUUAGAAUGUGAGAAACUGGCCAGUGAAAAAACGGAAAUGCAAAGGCAUUAUGUCAUGUACUAUGAAAUGUCAUAUGGAUUGAAUGUUGAAAUGCAUAAACAGACGGAGAUAGCAAAAAGACUUAGUGGUAUUAUAGGACAAGUGCUGCCUUUCCUGGCACAGGAGCACCAGCAACAAGUUGCCUCAGCUGUGGAGCGAGCUAAGCAGGUCACUAUGUCUGAACUUAAUGCUAUUAUCGGGCAACAACAACAACAGGGCCUACAGCAACUUCUUCAACAGAUCCACGCGUCCGCCGGCCUGCCGCACGGCGUGGGGGGCGCUGGGGCGCUGUUGGGCGCGGGCGGGCUGCUCUUCGCCCCCGGGGGCGGGCCGCCCCCUCCGCCCCACCUGCCGCCGCCGGCGCAUAAGGUCGAACUACCUCCCCCAGCGGAUAUAAAGCCACCAAUCCUACCCGGCGGUCCGGCCCCUCCCCCUCUAUUGCCGGGACAGCCUCCCCCCCGAGAGGACGAAAGGCUUAUGGCUUCUAGGGUAAUGCAACAAAGGCGCUCGGUAUCGCCGCAGGGGCGCGAGCCGAAGUACCGCGCCCGCUCCGCCGAGCCGGAGCCGCUGGACGCGAAGCGGCGGAAGGAAGAGAAGGUACUCGGCCAUGUGAGUCUGUGCAGUGACAGUGACGCCGAAAAGAGCGAUCAGGAUUUAGUUGUUGAUGUUGCGAACGAGGAGGAGAGAGGCUCGCCCAGCGUCCGCCCUGAGGGCAGUGAGCGGACGGAAAACGGGCCCAGACCACCCUCGCGUUCAGGAUCCUCCUCCAGCCGGUCGACGCCCAAAAGCUCUAAAGACGAGAAGCCGGGUACACCGGGCGCCAAAGGGCGCGCGCCCACCCCCACCGGCCGCUACGCGUUCCCCACGUACGCGGCGUACCGGGCGCCGCUACCGUACGACGGCGCGCACGCGAGGACCAACGGGAUGCCGCCCGCUAAGCCGGCGUACUCGUACCACACGUGCGGCGGGCCGCCGCAGCCGGUGCCGUUCCCGGCGGACGCGCUCGCCGCGCCAGGGGUGCCCAGGGGCGCCAGGGCGGCGGCCGCGUUGCCGCACGGCGAGGUGGUGUGCGCGGUGGCGCUCUCGUACGCGGCCGGCGCGCGGCGCGCCUACACCGGCGGCAAGGGCUGCGUCAAGCUGUGGGACAUCACGGAGCCCUCGGCGCCGGCGGCCCUGGAGCCACUCGCGCAGCUCGACUGCCUGCAACGAGACAACUACAUUCGCUCGGUGAAAUUGCUGCCCGACGGGCGGACUCUGAUAGUGGGCGGCGAGGCGUCUAACCUCUCCAUAUGGGACCUGGCCUCGCCCACGCCGCGGAUGAGGGCCGAGCUCACCUCAUCGGCGCCGGCCUGCUACGCGCUCGCCAUCAGCCCGGACUCCAAGGUGUGCUUCAGUUGUUGUUCAGAUGGUAACAUAGCUGUAUGGGAUCUACAUAAUCAAACAUUAGUUAGGCAAUUCCAAGGACAUACGGAUGGAGCGUCCUGCAUCGACAUUAGUGCGGACGGGUCGCGUCUCUGGACUGGCGGGUUAGACAGUACGGUCCGCUCCUGGGACCUACGAGAGGGCCGUCAGCUGCACCAGCACGAUUUCUCCAGCCAGAUAUUCUCACUUGGAUACUGUCCAACUGGCUCUUGGUUGGCUGUGGGCAUGGAGAAUUCUCAAGUGGAGGUGCUGCACUGCGGUAAACCCGACCGCUACCAGCUCCUUCUUCACGAGUCGUGCGUGCUGUCGCUAAAAUUCGCCGCCGCCGGCAAGUGGUUCGUCUCUACGGGCAAAGACAACUUACUUAACGCGUGGCGGACGCCUUACGGUGCCAGCAUCUUUCAGUCGAAAGAGUCAUCAUCGGUGCUCAGUUGUGAUAUAUCGUCAGACGAUAAGUUCAUAGUGACGGGCUCUGGGGACAAGAAGGCUACUGUGUACGAAGUUAUGUAU